AAGCAAUUCUAACGCUAAUAAAAUCUGUGUUUCGGGAAUGAGCGGUCGGUUUCCUCUCUCAGACACUACCGAUGAAUUCGCAAAGAAUCUUUUUGAAGGCGUGGAUAUGGUUACCAAAGACGACAGUCGAUGGCCAUUAGUAUCUUCUGAUUUUGCGCCGAUUUUUCAUAGGUGUGAUGAAUUUAGUAAUAAUUCCACUUGUUUAAAUUUAGGUCUAUUCGAUACAUCCAAUCGAAUGGGGAAAAUUCAUAGUUAUCAGAACUUUGACAGCGGAUUCUUUGGGCUUAUGGGUCAAACGGUGACAGAGAUGGACCCACAGUUACGUCUGCUUCUAGAGGUGUCAUACGAAGCCAUUCUAGACUCAGUUACCGCCAGCGCACCUUCUACUUGCGAGUUUUACAAUUGCGGAACUACUGGGUCGACAAUUAAUAGUUCAAAAGUGCAGCUCCUGGAAGGCGUUAACCCGCAAUUACUACGUGGUUCAAACACAGGUGUCUAUGUAGGCGCCACCUCAAAUAAAGCAUGCGAUGGAUACCCGGAUUACAUGCAAGCGGAUGUAGACGGAUCGUUGGACUUAAUAAUGCAUCAGACAAUGUUUAGCUCAAAAUAUUUCUAUCCAAAUCGUAUAUCAUUUGCUAACGACUUUAAAGGACCUUCACUUUUAGUGGACACGGCCUGUUCAUCCAGUCUAUCAGCAAUGACAAUGGCCUAUAAUGACUUGAUGCUAGGCAAUACGGAUGCGGCGGUUGUGUGCGGCACUCAUAUGGUGUUUGAGCCGUUCGUAAAUCAGAUUCAAGAGGAGUACGGUAUUUGUUCGCCGCGCGGAGUAUCCGCAGUGUUGGACGAGUCGGCCGACGGUUAUGUCAAGUCAGAGGCCGUGUGCUGUCUGUUUCUACAGCGCCAUAAGGACGCCCGACGUGUGUACGCAGAGGUAAUGUCCGCACGAGUGAAUGUUGACGGGAAAAAAAAGAUGGGAAUGUUUUAUCCAUCGGCCGAUGCACAAGAGCAACUUAUGAUACAGAGUUAUAAGAUAGCUGAAAUUGACCCUGCUCGCCUAACAUAUUUUGAGGCCCAUGCAACGGGAACCAAGGUUGGUGAUCUGCAAGAAAUUAAAGCAAUAUACAAUGCGUACUGUGAGAACAGGACUGAGCCCUUGCCGUUGGGGGUGUUAAAGAGCAAUAUGGGUCACUCCGAGGCCGCCUCUGGGAUCCCUUCCGUAGUCAAAGUGUUGAUCGCUUAUGAGAAUGAAUGCAUUCCUCCGAACAUUAAUUUCAAUAAAUUAAAGGGAGAAUUAGAGCGAUAUUUUCCACCAUUACUGGUACAAUCAUAUGAAAUAAUGAUUUCCCGCCACACACUGUUCAGUUACAGACCUAUUACCGAAUCGCACCCCAAACCCCGUAUUGAAAAGCAUUAUGAGAAAUGUGUGAUGUCGGUGAUAGGUUUGGCUGCAGUAAACAACUUCGGCCUCGGAGGUGCGAACGCACACGUAUUGCUCGAACCAAAUCCUAAAGUUGGAACCAGUGAUGGUUUUUUAAUCGCGGAAACGAUUCCCAGAAUUGUUAACAUUUGCGGCCGAACUGAAGAUGCGGUCAAAUAUGUCAUGGAUUUCAUACAAAACAACCCAAAGAGAGUGACGAAUGACUUUUUGGCACUUUUGGCACCAAUUAUGAGAACCACACCCGAUGUUAAUUCAUCCGGAAUGCCGUUCAGAGGAUCCAUUAUAAUAAAGAAGAUGUCUGAAACAAACAAUGAAAUUAAAUAUAAGUAUAAUCGACAAAUGGGAGUAAUUAAAGGCAAAAUCGUGAGACCUUUAUGGAUACUGUUCCCGGGUUUGGGCGGUCAAUGGCCUGCAAUGGCUAAGGCUUUGAUGCCAAUCAAGAUAUUUGCCGAUAAAGUGGAAGAAUGCCAUCAAAUACUACAUGAAUUCGGUGUCGAUUUAAAACACAUGUUGUUAUCAGAAAACAAGACAUCAAUGGCUUCAAUAACAUCAAAGUUCUGUUCGACGACUGCUAUAGAGAUAGCAUUGUUUGAAGUGAUGAAAGCGCUGGACAUCACACCCGACGGCAUAAUUGGACACUCGUUUGGAGAGAUAGCCUGUGCUUACGCUGACGGGUGUCUAACCACAAGGGAUGCAAUGGUCGUCACGUACUUCAGGGGUGCCAUCACUGAAAAUGAUAAGAAAAUACCCAAAGGAUUAAUGGCCGUCAUCGGGCUGUCAAGUGAUGAAGCCAUAAAUGUUUGCCCUAAAGGAGUAUACGUUGUCUGUAAUAAUGCUAAAGAUAGUGUCGUUUGUUCUGGUUCAAUGAAUGAAAUGAAGUCAUUAAUCAACACAGUAACCAAAAAUAGAGUAUUUGUGCGACAAUUAGAAAGCAGUGAAAUCCCAUUUCAUACAAAAUAUCUGAUAACAUCUGCAAAGCCUUUGACUGACGCCAUUAAAAAAUAUAUACUAAACCCGAGAUUCAGGUCUCAGAAAUGGGUGUCCACUUCACUCAUGACUACCGAUCCCGACGAUCCGGCCUUGAAAUACGCUUCGGCCGAGUAUUUUGUAUACAAUCUUCUAAAUCCGGUCCAGUUUUACGAUAGGCUUAAAGAUCUGCCUUCGGAUGCAAUUGUCUUAGAAUUAGGUCCGCAUUCUGUGUUCGGCAAAAUAGUUACCGAAACACUCAACAAAUGUAUUUAUGUAUCGCUCAUUAAAAAAGAUUCAAACCAUACAAAUCUCGGAACUCUAUUCAAUGGAUUAGCAAAGUUAUAUGAGGCGGGCGUAAACAUGUCAGUUGAAAAUCUUUAUACAAAAGUAGAGUGGCCAGUUGUACGAAACACACAAUCAAUUAGUUCUAUCAUUCGAUGGGAACAUAAACAACAAAUUCCUUUUAGUUUAUACCCUAAAAAAUAUGACCGAUCGACUGCUAGUGAUUACAAUUAUACAUUUGACCCUGUUAAUUAUCAAAAAAAUAAAUUUUAUUUGGAACAUUGUGUUGACGGUAAAGCCAUAUUCCCAGCGGUCGGCUAUAUAACACUCGCAUGGCGUAGAUUAGCAACAGGUUUGGGACGUCACUGGUAUGACGUGCCCGUAGUGUUUGAAAACGUACAAUUCAAACGACCCGUUUUUUUAAAAGACUCGGCAAAAACUGUUUUUACUGUGAGAUAUUUUGCCGCAACCGACGAUUUCUGUGUGUUAGAGAGUGAUAACGUAUGUGUUGUAGGAAAAAUUCGGGCUCCGGACCAUGAGGUGUUAUUAACGCCUAACGCUAUACUUGAGAGACAAAACAUGAUGGCUAGUAUUCUGAACUCACUUGAUAAGGAAGAUAUCUAUAAGAAGAUAAGAGUUUUGGGCCUCGACUACGGACCGCACUUUCAACGCCUUAAAUCGAUUCAAACAAACGAUUUUUGCGAUAUUUAUGGAAUCAACGAAUGGAACGGAAAUUUAGUCACAUAUUUGGACGCAAUGUUGCAGGCGAUGAUAUUUCUAAAUUCUAAUCGUUUGCUAGAGGUUCCGGUGAUGAUGCGUGCGGGUCGUUGUGACCCUCGAAUUUUAUUUAAUGCACUAAGAGUGAGACAUAAAUUAAAUCGUCAUGAUGAUGACACAUCUAAGCGAUUAUCUAAGUUGGGAAGUGUAAUAUCGGACAACGAUAGCGCUCAAUAUCACCGAGAGUUAAAUAACGAAACCGAUCGGUUUAAUCGCCGUUUCUGCAUAUUCUCUGCUGAAAUGCCAUUUUAUUUCGAUAGAAAAACCAAACGAUUGGUUGCACACGGCUUAGAAAUAGACGGACUGAUCACUCAACCAAUAUCGCGCCGCAAAGAAGUGGAGAAUCUCGUAUUAGAAUCUGCCGGGGCCGUACCGGUUCCGUUAAAAUUUACGACAUUUAGUGCCGGUGCCAUAAAACGUGCCGUUAGUGCCGGUGGUGUCGGUGGUUCCAAUAGUGCCGGUGCCGAUAGAGCUUCUCCAUACAUCUUAUGUGUCAUAAAC